AUGGGCUGCAACUCCUCCACGACGAAGACCGUGAGUCGGGCCAACGAGAAGGAGAUGAGUUUCUACCUGACGCAGGAGGAGAUGGAGCUGGCCCGUGACUCCUGGGCCAUCGUGGCCCUGGACCUACCGGCCACUGGCCUUCACAUCUUCACCAGACUGUUCGAGAUGGAGAAAGACUUCCAGAAACUCUUUAAGCGUCUGAUGACACAGAAAGAGAGCGGGGAGUUUGUGUUCGACACGGCGAGGCUGGAGCGGCACGCCUCGCUGGUGAUGAAGCAGCUGGGCCAGGCCGCCGAACACACCGACGACUCCAUCAACUUCUCCGCCUCCCUCCGGCUGCUGGGGGAGAAACACGCCGGAUAUAACGUCAAGCCGGAGAUGUUUCCGUUCUUCUGGCCAGCCGUGAGGGACGGGCUGAAGCUGAGGCUGGGAGACAAGUUCACGGUCAAGGUCGAGCUGGCAUGGAAACACCUGUACGAUUACGUCACGUCCAAAAUCUCGGAGGGCAUCGAGAUGAACCGAGACAUCAAGAAAAAAAUACCACUCUAACGCCGGGCGACCCGCGCCAACCACAACAACAUGCCUUAAUGCGUACUCACUCUACAUCAAGGGGGGUAACUUAUUGUACAAGGGGGGUAACUUACUGUACAAAAAGGAAACUAAUCCUUAUAUAACAAGGGGGUUGGGGUAUCUCAAGGUGCAUCAAGGUGGCUAACUCAUUGUAGAACAAGAGAGACAAAUUCUUGUAAAAGGGGAGAUUACACGCUGUAAAAACAAUGAGAGACAACUUGUUGAACAAAAACGGGAGGCUACUACUGGUACAAAAAAGGGGAAACCAUCCAUU